UUUUCCGCCUCGCCAUUUUGUGCUGCUGCGCCGGGUAUUUAUCAGCUGAGUCGUGACUCCGCCACUACACUGCUAGUUAGGUAGCGCUAGGUAGCCAAGUGUGCUUUCCGGGUCGACAUUUGACGCCAAUUUUGUAUAUUUAGUUUAUUUUUUAUACUUCUCCAAGCAGAAUGUCGUCCGACGCCCCCGAGUACUCUCCAUUCUUCGCAGUGAUGGGUGCCUCUGCUGCCAUGGUGUUCAGCGCCCUGGGAGCAGCCUAUGGCACUGCUAAGAGUGGGACAGGUAUCGCUGCCAUGUCUGUGAUGAGGCCGGAACUCAUCAUGAAGUCCAUCAUUCCUGUGGUCAUGGCGGGUAUCAUUGCCAUCUACGGCUUGGUAGUAGCGGUGUUGAUCGCCAACAACAUUUCAGAGUCUGUCAGCCUCUACAAGAGCUUCCUCCACCUGGGAGCCGGGCUCAGUGUGGGCCUGAGCGGGCUGGCAGCUGGAUUUGCUAUCGGCAUCGUGGGAGACGCAGGCGUGAGGGGCACAGCGCAGCAGCCAAGGCUUUUUGUUGGAAUGAUCCUCAUCUUGAUUUUCGCUGAAGUCCUGGGGCUCUACGGUCUCAUUGUGGCCCUCAUUUUGUCUACAAAGGGUUAGCUCCACCACAAAGUCUAUAUCAUGUUGCUGCUGGAGGAAAAAAAAGUGUAACGUGGGAAAUUAUUGUGAAGAUUCUGCAACACGAGAUGAAAGAAAGCAAAGACCAGAAGGAAAAAAAAAUCUUUAAAAUGGCGCCAUUAUAUGGUCUUAAUGUGUACAGUCGUCCUAAUUGAUAGUCAUCUUGUAAAUGUAGUGAUUUGUCUGAUGUGUGUGUGUGUGUAUGUGUGUUUCAAAACAGUUGUAUGAUGACGAUUCCUUCCUCCCUCCGUCCACUUAUUCGGGGCCUUGAGGCCAGCUGUGGCAGCUGGGCCUCUGGUCGUGGAGAGCUGACCAAAGGGCCACACAGCUUUUUCUCAAAUCCAUUUGGGAGUCGACACCAUGUCUGCAUUAAUCUUGUCUAUGGACUUCAGAUUAUUAUUUUUUUCAUUUAUUUAUAUAAGAAAAUUGUUGAAAUGCAGAGUCUUAAAUUACCCAAGAUAUAUUAUGCAUAUAUACAGACAUAGAUAUCUAUAGAUUAAUUGCACUGUGGGUUUGUUGUGAUAAGUGGUGGAAUUCCUCUGGAUGUAAUUCUUGGUUCAAUAAUUAAGAUUUGCCUUUAGUGCGUUUCUGGUGGAGUGGGAGUUUUGUGUGGGUGUGCGUGUGUGUGCGCGCCUGAGUGUGUGUAGCUGUAUUCUAAUCAUAACACGAACAUUCUCAAACUUCAGUGUUUUUUCCUGCAGUACUGCUGUUUGCAUUAAAGGUGUGUGUGCCCAGUGUUGGGUCUCACAUGUGUGAUUUCCAACUUC